CACACGCGCAGCUCACACGCUCGCACACACCUUCUUUCCUUCACUCCCCUAAAAACCCUCACUUUCAACAUGGAUCAGAUGGAUGUCUCCCUCGCCGGCCGCAUCAACGUCAGAGGCGACGGUAACGUCGUCGAGGACCGAUUCUCGCUCACCGCCUCCGCGGACUUUGCGAAGGGUGGCCGCAUCACCCUCAACGCGAACCCCGGCUUCCGCCCGAGCGCCGCGCUCAAGGACGGCAAGACCAACCUGACGGACGCGUCCCAGCUCUCCGGCAUCGGCAACCUCGACGACAUCGACGUCUCGAUCUCCAAGUCCGCGGACAUCCUCGGCCAGGCCUGCGACCUCACGCUCUCCACCGAGUCCCUCGGCAACGGCGGCAUCGCCGGCCUCCAGGUCAAGACGAACGUCGACAAGGUUGGAGACGUCACGCUCACGCUCGCGAAGAAGGGCCACAAGGCGUUCUCCGGCAAGAGCAAGGACGGCGAGGCGCAGGCGUCUGAGAACGACGCGUGCCGCAUCGACGUCGCGCUCCCGCUCAGCGACGUGAACGCGGACCUCACCGGCUCCGUGAACUACGACCUGAACACCCAGGACGCGAACCUCUCGCUCGGGUACAAGAACGGGGACGUCGCGCUCCGCCUCCGCACGUCCAUGGGAUCCGACAAGUCGCUCUCGCACAAGGUCAACGCGGAUUACAGCGGCAUCGAAGGCAUCGGCCUCGGCCUCGAAGUCAACGACGCCGGCGCGGGCAAGGUGACGGUCACGAAGGACAAGUAUUCCCUCGUCGUGCCGGUGUCCAAGGAUGGUGGUGUCGACACGAACAACGCGUCCCUCCGCAUGACGUGGUCCAUGGACAUGUAAGCCAUCUCUUCGAUCGCUUUCGCCGUCGCGUCGCGCGACUUGCCACCUGACUAAUAACGAUGUAAAAAGAACCAGCCGGUUGUACCACCUGUUAUUAUACUAUUAUGUGCUUGAGUACGAGUAUUACGGUCGAGUACGACUGCGUUUUCAAUAAGACAUUUCUUUUUCAAUACACCUACGUAUCAAUCGC